AAAAGUUCAAAAUGGAGAAAAAAUAAGUGAAGGCUUACGUCACUUUCCAUCUCUGUGUCCAAAUGGUGUUUGGUUUGGUGCAUGUUUAUCUACCGAUGAAGGAAUGCCACAGCCACAGUGCAGGGGAACAAGACAAGACCAACCCAACACACUUUUCCGCCAAGAGUCCAUCCCAGUGUCAUGCACGAUGUAACUUCCUAACAUUUUUAUUGCCAGUUGCCCUUCUCUCUCUCCCUCUCUCUCUGUCCAUUGACAGCGAGAGAGCUUCCACUUACAGUGUUCACUCUCCACAUCCAAUGGCGUCCAUGGCCGCCCUUUUAGCCAAAACCCCGAGCCCAUCUUUCUCCUUCCCUCAAACCCACAAAAACCCACUUCUCCCCGCCCUCAAGCUGAGGACUACGUCGUACCGAAAGAUUCAGAUUUCUUGCUGGUUGAUCGAGCCGGAUGGAGGCAGGCUCGUGGAGCUCGUGGUCGAGGAGUCGCAGAGGGACGAGAAGAAGAGGCGAGCUUUGUCCAUGCCGAGAAUCAAGCUGUCCCGAGUCGAUCUGCAGUGGGUCCACGUGCUCAGCGAAGGCUGGGCGAGCCCGCUCAAGGGGUUCAUGAGAGAGUCCGAGUUCCUCCAAACACUUCAUUUCAAUUCGCUCCGGUUCGACAGCGGCUCCGUCAUAAACAUGUCGGUGCCUAUAGUCCUCGCCGUCGACGACUCCCAGAAGGGCUGGAUUGGCGGCUCCACCUCGGUGGCUUUGUUCGACCCCGGGGAUAACCCGGUGGCGAUUCUUAACAAUAUUGAGAUCUACAGGCAUAACAAGGAAGAACGAAUAGCAAGAUGUUGGGGUAGCACUGCCCCUGGUUUACCUUAUGUUGAGGAAGCCAUAGCCAGUGCUGGAGACUGGCUGAUAGGAGGAGACUUGGAGGUCUUAGAGCCAAUAGAGUACCACGAUGGUCUUGACCGCUUCCGGCUGUCCCCUGCAGAACUUCGUCAGGAAUUCACACGGCGUAAUGCCGAUGCAGUGUUCGCUUUUCAGCUCAGGAAUCCCGUGCACAAUGGCCACGCCUUACUGAUGACAGACACGCGGCGUCGUCUUCUUCAGAUGGGAUAUGAGAACCCUGUGCUCUUGCUUCAUCCACUGGGAGGGUUCACAAAGGCCGAUGAUGUUCCUCUUAGUUGGCGAAUGAAGCAGCACGAAAAGGUUCUUGAGGAUGGUGUUCUUGAUCCUGAGACAACCGUGGUCUCUAUAUUCCCAUCACCCAUGCUCUAUGCCGGACCUACAGAGGUGCAGUGGCACGCAAAAGCACGGAUAAAUGCUGGUGCCAACUUCUAUAUUGUGGGUCGUGAUCCCGCCGGCAUGAGCCAUCCUGUUGAGAAGAGAGAUUUAUAUGAUGCUUACCAUGGGAAGAAGGUGCUGAGCAUGGCUCCUGGACUGGAGAGGCUAAACAUCCUGCCUUUCAAGGUGGCUGCAUAUGAUAGGACUCAGGGUAAGAUGGCCUUCUUUGACCCUUCAAGGCCCCAAGAUUUUCUCUUCAUUUCGGGCACCAAGAUGAGAGCACUUGCCAAGAACGGCGAGAAUCCGCCAGAUGGAUUUAUGAGCCCUGGUGGCUGGCAAGUGUUGGUAGAAUACUAUGACAGUUUGGUACCUGUGGAGAAUGGCAAGCUCCCAGCAGAACCUGUGCCUGCUUAGAGGAGGAUUUGCUCAGUAAAAUAUAUGUAUUGUCCAUCAUAACAGUUUGGGACAAACUUGAAAUAUGCGUUAUCUCCAAUGUGUGGUUGGUUUGCUGUUCUAUGUUGUGGACACGGUGUCCAGCUCUUGAAUAAAUCAUGUGAGGCACUGGAACAGAUUAACUAGACCUGGCCUGCCUCACCACCUGUGAUUAGAGCUCCAUUCAUGGCAGCUUGAAAUUGUGCACUUGAGUGCACAUUGUAUCAUACUGAACUGUGUUUUCACAAAGAUAUAUGUAUCUGGUGCAUCUAAAAGGCUAGUUUUGUCCUCUCUCAUCAUCAUU